AUGCUUGGAAUGAAUUCAGAUGACCGGAAGUCUGCAUUAUCUUUCAUAUGCCCGAGAGUACCGUCUCUUGGCACGGUAAAUGGAUUUCGGCUUUCCACCAUAAAUUGCAACCUACUGGCGGACUUCGAAUCAUGUUCUCGUGGUCCUUCGAUUUCACAUCACAGUCAACCCAUGAAAGUUUUUUUGAGAAUAAGACCUUAUGCAUGCGCCAAAGACCUAUCUGAAAAAACUAUAUUAUCUUUCCCUGAUUCAUAUACAGUUGUUGCAUAUCCCCCGGAUGCAGAUUUUCGGAAAAACCAAGUCCGUAAUUUCCAGAAAAGUGCCAAUAAGUUCACUUUCAACGGAAUAUUUCAUGAAUCUGCGACUCAGAAAAAAGUUUUUGAAAAGGUAGCAGCAGAUAAAAUCCGCUCAUUCAUCGAGGGUUUGAAUGGUCUCAUUUUCGCCUAUGGAACUACUAGCUCUGGCAAAACCCAUACUCUACAAGGAUCCCGAAAUGAUGCUGGUAUUGUACCACGAACCUUACACACAAUAUUCAGUCUUGUGAAGCACAAAAGCGAUCCAUUUCUUAUGCCGAAAGACUUUUCAGAUGUAAUUAGUUUGAGCGAAGACAGGGUACAGGAGAUUUUAACGGAGAAGUCUACACUUCUGAAAUACUCUGAUGGCAUUUUUGAGUCAAAUCCUCUUCCUGGUAGUGAAAAUGAACCAAUCUGUUUAGAUGAAACUUUCACAGGUAAAAUAUUGCCCUCUGUUAAUUCUUUUACUUACCCAUACAUCAAUUUAGACAUGAGGUGUUCAAGUGAUAUCCGUUACAGUUUCUGGAUUAGUUUUGUGGAGAUUUACAAUGAAACGUUCUACGAUCUUCUAGACUCUGUUCAGUGCUCUAAUAUGUUUUCUAGUCAGUCUAAUGGUUCUACAAGCAUGCGGACAACUCAGAACCAACAAAAUUUCCGGAAUAUAUUCAGUGUGAACAAUAACGCAUCACAUACAACAAACUUUACAAACCAACCACGAAGAAAACCACUGGAACUAAGAACUGAUAAAAACGGAAAUAUUUUCGUAAAAGGUAUGAAAUGGUACCCUAUCGGUUCACCUGAAGAGGCUUUACGACUUGUUGCAGUUGGUCGUCAUUGUCAAAAAGUCGCCUCAACUCGUUUAAAUCAAGCAAGCUCAAGAUCGCAUAGUAUUUUAUCUAUAAAAGCUGUAAAAGUAGUGAAUAAAAACAAUCCAAAUUUUGCUCGAGUUAGCACGCUUAUGUUUUGUGAUUUGGCUGGAAGUGAACGAUCUGUAAAAGCGGCUACAGGUGGUCAAACAAUGCGUAUUCGUGAGGCUGGAAAUAUCAACUCAAGUCUGUUAACAUUAGGAAGGUGUAUUGAAUGUCUACGGUAUAAUCAACUGCAUCCGGAUAAUCCAAAACUAGUGCCUUAUCGUGAUUCAAAACUUACACGUUUAUUUCAAGGCUUUUUCACUGGUCAGGGAAGAGCAUGCAUGAUAGUGAAUGCAUCAACAAAUCCAGAAUUAUACGAUGAAACUUUACAUGCUCUACGCUUUGCUGCUUUAGCUAGACAAGUGAUCGUUGAAGCAAAUCCCAUGGCAGAAACUGUUGUUUUGCAUACAAAUAAAAAUGAAGUGAAAUCGAACCUUCAUAAAGAAGUGAAACAUAAAAUGUUGGUGAAUAAUAAUCAGACGACUGUAGUCAAAUCUAAGGAACCGGAUACUAUUUUGGAAGCUCAAUCAACACGUUGGUCCGAAGAUGAUCUUGAAAAGACGCCUACUUCACGAGGAGGAGAAGAAGAAGAAGAAGAAGGAGUAGGAGAAGGAAUAAGCGAUGAGAUAAAUUCGACAGUUGAAUUUCACGAAGUAUCUCCUACGGAAGCAGUCACACCGUCCAACAGUGACGGUACAGAAUUAUUGUUGGAUCAAUUCAGCAGAAAGGAACUUAUUGCAUUGGUGAAAGAUCUAUCCGAAAAAUUCUUUGAAUCAAAAGGUGAAUUAAUUGAACAAGAGGCACGUUUAAGAGCUGAAAUGUGUGAUAAUCUAAAUCAACAAAUCAUAGAUUUUGAAAAUAAGUUUGAAGAACUAUUAAAAUCUCGAGAAAAUUAUCUCUAUGAAGAGUCGAAUACACGUAUGCGCAAUAUUAUUAAUUCAGUGAAUCAACGUCAAGCAGCAGGCCAAGAAGUCAGUAGUGAUGAUGAGGAUAUGUCUGAUAUAGAAAAUGAUGGUAAAGACUAUUCCAGUGUUAAUGAAAACCGUCAACAUGAAGUUCGUGACUGUUGUUCAGCACAAACAUUGAAAAUAACUCAGCUCACUAAAACACUAAAAGAUUCAGAAGAUCGUGUAGCAGAAUUAGAAAGUGAUUUAGCUGAACAAAAAGAUGUCAUUGAAAAUCUUAUGCGUGAAGUGGAUCGUUUACGUGUGGAGAGUAGACGAUUAGAGUUUACAAUUGCUCAACAACAGCAUUCAAAUACUUUAAAUAAUACUUCAUCUAAAGCAGCUGACAUAGACGAUUCCUGCAUUACUAUCAAUUUGGCAAAAUUGACGUUGCCAUCGUCAUCAUUUGUAACUAAAACGGAUCAUUUGACGGAUAAAUUCGAGUCAUUUUCAUUUCAUAAAAGUUCUACACCACAGAAAAAUGCUACAAAGAAAACUACUACAACACAUCAAGCCGAUGAUGAAGAUGAAGAGGAUGAGGAGGAGGCUCCUUUAACUGUUGUCAAAGCUCUUCAAAGUAUCCAUGAAGAUGAAGUGAAAAUUAUUCAUCCUAAAAAUAAAUACAUCAUCAGUGAUGCCCGAGAAAGUAGAAUAAGUGAAGGUUUACAAUCAUUUCUGGAGCAUGAAGCAAAUAUUCAAAAUCAAGAAGCACUUGAACGAUUACGGCGUCAAAUUUAUGAAAUUGAAGAGAAAUUUGCUAAUAAACAUGAUGCUUUAGUUAAGAGUGAAACAGCCUUCAAUGAACUGAAAAGCCGAUAUGACGAUUUGUCACAGAGAUUUAUCACACAAGCUAGUGAUUUACAACAUUCAACUUCAGAAUUGACCAAAUUGAAACAGUUACAUCAGAAAGAAUUAGACGCCUACAAUAUUGAUGCACAAAAGCGUAUAGAUGAACUGAAGGCUGACUUGAAAACUGCACUGGAUCGUAAUGCUGAAUUAUUAUCGCAUAUACCAGAGAUUAAUAUUGCACUACAGACAACAUUCAAUAGCGAACCGAGUAUCUUGUCCGAUUCAAUAUCUAUUCAAACUUCAAUAUAUCAAAUGAAUGAUUUAUCGAUUCAGGUUUGUCCAGUCAAUCUAGAUGUGUCAAUUCAAACAGAUCAGCUCAAAUCUAUAGAAAAUUUAAAACCUAAAUUGGAUUGUAAUAAAGCCACUGCUGCUUCUGCUGCUGUUGCUCGCAACAACAACAGAUAUAAGGAAGAGUUAAAUGAUGAUGAAAGUGAUAGUAUGUGUAUGACAACAUCAGAACAGCAUCAUGAUCAUAAUCCAAUUGUGAAACGCAAUCUGAGAAAUAAUAACACUACAGCCUCGCGUUUACAGCUUAAGAUAAAUCGUGGCAGAUUGACGCAUAGAUUUGGACCACCGCCUAAAGUCCCUGAUGUUCCAUCGCCAAUUGUUUCUUUAUGCCUAUCAGAUAGUGAAUUCGAGAUAAGCGGCGGUAAUUCACGUAAUCAUCAAAUGGAUAAAGAAAAUUUGAAUAGUACUACUUGUGAUGAAACAGACAGUAGUGAUGGUGAUCGUGAUGAUGAUGAUGUUAGCGAUGAGGAUGACGAUGAAGUACAGAGUUGUAAAUCUGAACCUGUAGGCGGCAAUACACUCAAAAAGUCUGGAAAAGCUUCUACAACAACAACAAGAACAACAAGACAACGGAAGAAACAAACACAUUCAAAUGCUUCUGGUGCUGCUGCUGCUGCUAUACAUCGACGUCUUCCACCUUUAGCUGAAUCCACUCAACUAUUACCUGAUUCAAUGUUUCAAGAUGAACUUGAUGAGGCUUUAGAAGUAGCAGAUAUUGAAAUUAAGAAGGUGGAACAACGUAAUCUUAGACAAUUGAAUUUACGUCAAGCACCUAGACGAAGACGUUAA